UUUUUAAACACAGUGAUGGCGUAUACGCUGUUGUUUGAUUUUUUUUUUUUAAUUAUUUCCGUUCAACAUUUACAAUUAACUUUCACUUUCAAGUUGUUUUGUAAAAACAAGCAGUUUUAUUAAAAAUAAAAUGUAGACAACAAAUAAGGGAAGUUAAAAUGCAUAUUUACAUGCUUGUGAUAUUUUUGGUACUUAACAGAAGUUUGGCUCUUUAUUGUAAUAAUAGACAAAAUUAUGUGCAAAUUAAUAAUGAUGUUCCACCGUUUGGGUUUCAGGAUGAUUCAUUGACUCUUAAUACUGUUGUGGUAUCAAGUCUAGACAACUUUAAUUCAUCAAAGUAUUAUAGUUUCUCACAGGAAAAGUUGCAAAUGAAUGAUAAGUGUAAAGUAGUCAACGAUACUUUCCGGAUCUGUUCAUCACUAGAAACAUCUUUUUUUGAAAGAUUUAAUUUAGACAAUACAUGUUAUGCAAUAUCUCAAAAUAUUCAGCUAAAAACAAACAUCUCGAUUAUUGGUGUCACUGGGUUCACAUUAUUGGGUUUAAAUAAUGCAAGUAUAGAAUGCAAUUCUAGUGUUGGUAUUCAUGUUGUUAAUUCAAGUGAUAUAACUUUUUCUUCUGUUAAUUUUAAUGAUUGUGGUCAAAAGUUCUUAAUUAAAUCACAUUUGAUAGAGAAACAUUAUCCUUUGAUAUCAGCUGCAAUAUGCUUUGAAAAUGUUAACAAUUUUUUGUUCGAUGGGGUAAGUACUGAGUCAAGUUUUGGAUACAGUUUAAUAAUGCUAAACCCCGGAUCGGGAAAUUUUUCAAGUUGCGAUUUUGGCUUCAGCAAACUGAUACAGCUUGACUUGCGUAGAGGAUCAGGAGUUUGUCAAUACGCAGGGGGUUUAUAUAUCGACUACUAUGAAAAUAGUAACGUUGACAACAAUGAAAAAAUAUUGUUUCAAUCUACCUACGUCCGGGAAAAUAAUAAUAAUAAAAGCAAUUGCACUAUGUUGUUCGGGUACGAUACUCCUAUUUUAAACGGUGGUGGAAUCUCAUUGUUUUUAAGGCAUAGUAUUAGAUACAAGAUGAUAAUGUUUAAAAGUUAUACUCGAGUUCAUGAUAAUGAGGGUACAUCAUCUGGAGGGGGAUUAUACAUAUUAUUCGAAAAAAAUUCUCAAAAUAACAUCAUUCAGCUUCAACAAACGUUUAUAGAAAGAAACAAAGCUAAUGAAUCAGGUGGAGGCAUUCACAUAACCAAUAUGGGCAUUAAUAAUUCAUUGCUCAUAGAUAGUGACUCUUAUAUUGAUUCAAAUGUUGCACUAAAAGGCGGGGGAUUAUGUAUUUAUCUGACAAGUUGUUCAAUAAAUAGCACGAUGAUUCUUAACAAAGCGGAUGUAUUCUCCAACAAAGCAAAUUCAAAUGGUGGAGGUGUGUUUAUAGAAGAUGCAGGUAAAAGUAAUACUGUAAUAAUAAAUCAAAGUAAUAUAUUUCAAAAUGAAGCAGAAAAAACUAGUGGAGGAAUACAUGUUUAUUUAUUAAAAAAAAGUGAAAGCAACUCACUAUACUUAAUUAAUAGUAAAGUAUAUUCAAAUCAAGCUAGCAUAGGCUCUGGCAUGAUGAUCAAUUCUGCAUUAUUAAAAUUUGAAAAUGUUGAUAUUUAUAACUGUAGCAAUAAAGGUAGUCAAUUUAUUUCCCAGGGCUCCAUAUAUGCUGUGAACAGUACAUUAAUUUUUUAUGGAAAAAAUAUUAUUAAAGAAAACAAUUUUUCUGCUGUUAUCUUAUAUUUUUCAAAAAUAAUCAUUAACGGCACUUUGAAUUUUCAUAAAAAUACUGGCCGAAACGGGGGUGCACUUGCAUUAUUUGGCCAAUCUCAAAUUUUUUUGAAAAAUCAUUCAAAAUUGAGUUUUAAAGAAAAUAACGCCUUAAAAAGCGGGGGUGCAAUUUAUGUUUUAGUACCCGGACCGCGUUUUAGACCUUGGCUUCCUUCACCAAACAGAAAAUACUGUUUUUUUCAAAUAGAUAAGACAUCUAGUGUUUUAGUUAAUUUUAAAGAAAACACUGCAAAUGAUUUAAAAGGUCAUGAUAUAUUUAUCUCCGCGUUAAACACAUGCAGAUCAAAUUUUGAAGAAAGUGCGUCUAGUAUAAUUACUUUGUGGAAAGGUUUUAAUUUUGAGAAAAACUACGAAAACAGCAUUGUCACAGACGCUGUUAAUAUAACUGUUCAAAUGCAACGGAUUGAGCAACCUGGAAGAAAGUCUAAAAUAACAGUGGAAUUAUGGGAUGAGCGACAACAAUCUGUUGAUGAAUUGGUAACUAUUAAAGGAUUCGGAAAUAACGUAAGAAAAUUUAAAAUCAAUAAUAGCACAGUUGAAGUCGCAUUUUAUGGAGAGGCCAACACUAACAUUUCUAUAAUAAUUAUAGCCGGGUCUAUUUCAAAAAAAGUCAAUAUAACAUUACCAAAAUGUUCGUGUGGUUAUUUGUACAGUAAAACAAACAAAAGAUGUUUAUGUUCAAAUAAUAUACCAUAUGACGUUUGCACCGAUGACUUCAUCAAAUUUCAACCAAAUAAAUGGAUUCGCAAUAACUUUUACCCUUGCCCAAUAAAUUUAUGCAGAGUUAGCUCUGCAAACAAUGGUGAAGACGAUUACUGGUUUAAUGAAACUAACCAGUGUGUAAGCGGAAGAGACUCGUCAUCUGUACUUUGCAGUGAUUGCUUGCCAGAUUAUUCUGUUUUGUUAUGUAAUAGUUCUUGUGUUAAAUGUUCAGGGAAUAAAAACAUUGUAUUUGUAUUAGUAAUUACAUUGGGCGUGGUCAGUUGUUAUAACUUGAUAAUUAUAAUUGCAAAUUAUAACUCAUUUGCUUGGUACUUGAUACCGACGGUUUAUUUUUACACUUCGGUCAGCCAGAUAUGUACAGCUAUGGUCAAUAUUCCAAGUUGGAUGGUCUUAAUGACUAAUAUUGUCAGUUUGCUUGGAAUGAAUAUAACUUUUGAUUUAAUGCCACAUGCUUUUAGCUGUAUUAAAGUUAUGAAUGAUUUAAACAAAGUAUUGCUUCGCGUUGUGGUUUUAGUUAUAUGGCUUCUUAGUUUUGCGAUUGUUGCAACGUUAACAAAUUACUGCUUUCAUUUAAGAAAAGAAGUUAUUAAACGCUCGUUGGUUAUUAUCAGUUUUAUUUUUUAUUGUAUCUUAAUAGAAGUUUCGAUUCAAUUAAUGUUAUAUAUCGAUAUUGAGGGUGAAGAAAGAAGAUUGUUCGUUGCACCAAGUCAACAUUACUUCAAAGGUCCACACCAAUGGAUACUCAUAUUUGUUGUUGUUUUUUUUGCAAUUUGUCUGAUGUUUCUUUUACUUAUUUUUAUCUUUUCAAUUUUUUAUAAAGAUGAAGACAAGAUAAAUAAUACCAUUCAUUAUUAUUUUUUUAAACUUAAACCGUUCAUUACAUAUUUUGCAAAAGGAUUGGAAGAAAACAAACGCUGGAUAUGUUGUUUUUAUUUUUUUGCAAAACUUCUCAUGACGACUUUAAUAGGUCUUGGAUCAUGCGCAGACGUACCUUUAUUAGAAAUGUGGAAAGCGGUAACAUGCUUGGUACUUUUAUGGUUUCUAUUAAUGGUAAAACCCUACAAGAAAAAAGAAAAAAACAUAUUUCAUAUCCUAUGUUUUACAAGUUUAUCAUUGAUAGCCUCGAUCAACAAUAGUAUUCAGUUUCAAUUUUCAAUUUACAAUACCUCAAGUGGAAUAUGUAUACACUAUAUUUACCUUAUCUUAGCAGUUUUACCACUUAUAUUUUGCGCAUAUGAAGCAAAAACUUUUUCUAGAGUAAGAAAAAACAAUGGUGAAAAUUUCAAUGAAGGCGAUAUUCCUCCUAUUGCUGAUUCAACAGAGCUGUUAAAUAGUUUAGAAACCUAAAUCCAUCGAAUCCAUGUUUUUAAACUGUUAAUUUUUUUUGUUUCGAAAAUGUAAAUUAGGUAGUUAACAAAAUAAACAAUUAAAAUG